AUGAUGAAAACAGAAGAAAAAGACUCCUCAACGAUAGAUGAGAUAGAAUUCAACGAGAAAAACAAUUCUAGAAUUAUAAAAUAUGAUGCGGAAGGUCGUGCUACUCGUACUCAAUCCUCUAAGAAAGAUAAAUGGAAGAAUAUAAUCACAAUCAUUGCAUCCGGUUUUGCUUUGAUCAGCGAUGGUUAUGUGAAUGGUUCAAUGAGUAUGUUAAACAAACUUUUUGUUAUGGAAUAUGGUGCAAAGAACUACAGCUCAAAAGUCUCAACCAGAGUUUCUAACGCAUCUUUGGUCGGUAUUAUUUUUGGUCAAUUUUUCAUGGGUAUCGCUGCUGAUUACUACAGUAGAAAAUCUUGUAUUCUUGUGGCUACGACUAUCUUGGUUGUCGGUAGUGCUUUAUGUGCUGCUUCACACGGUACUACUGUACCUGGUAUGUUUUGGAUGUUAACAGUUAUGAGAGGUUUGGUAGGCAUCGGUGUUGGUGCAGAAUAUCCGACCAGUACACUAAGUGCUAAUGAGUCUGCUAAUGAAUAUACUACAACUAGAAGAGGUGGUAUCCUAGUUAUGGUCACAAAUUUUCCCCUAGCUUUCGGUGGUCCAUUUGCAUCAAUUAUCUUUUUGAUUGUUUUUAAAAUUUGUUCGGGAACAAAACAUUUAGAGGCAAUAUGGAGAACUGUUUUUGCCCUAGGCUGCUUCUGGCCAUUAACAGUGUUUUACUUCCGUUGGAAAACCGCCACUACAGAAAUUUACGAAAAAGGCAGAAUUAAAAAAAAUAUACCAUAUGUUUUGGCACUAAAAUUUUAUUGGAAAAGGUUACUUGGUACUUGCGGUACCUGGUUUAUGUAUGAUUUUGUUACCUUCCCUAACGGUAUCUUUAGUUCAACAAUUAUUAGUGCUGUUAUUAAGGAUAAGAAUGAUUUGGAAAAAGUAGCAGAAUGGAAUUUACUGCUGGGUGUUCUGGCUGUACUGGGUGUUCCAAUUGGAGCUUACUUCUCUGAUCGCAUUGGCCGCAAAUAUACAUUAAUGAUUGGCUUCUCUGGAUACAUUGUCUUUGGCCUAAUUAUUGGUUGCGCAUACGAUCAACUAUCGAAAAUUACUCCAUUAUUUAUUAUCUUCUAUGCACUAAUGAAUAUGCUAGGGAAUGCUGGACCAGGUAAUAUGCUUGGUGUCAUUAGUAGUGAAUCAUCAGCAACCGCUGUCAGAGGUGUUUUUUAUGGAAUUUCCGCCGUGACUGGUAAAAUUGGUUCUGUCGUGGGGGUUGAAUGCUUUCAGCCUAUUAGAGAUAACUUGGGCGCAAGAUGGACUUUUAUUAUAGCUGCCAUUUGCGGCCUUGUUGGUGUCGUUAUUACCUAUUUUCUUGUCCCACAUUCCCUUGAUAGCGAUUUAAUGAAACAAGAUGUUGAUUUUCAUAAUUACUUAGUAUCCAAUGGUUGGACGGGUAAGAUGGGAUUUGACGAGACAGAUGGAGAAAUCUUUGAUACAGUUACUGAGGAUGAACAUAAUGAUGUUGAAUUUAGCAAGAAGAAUACCGAAAUAAUUUCAGUGAGAGAAGUUGGAGAUCGCUGA